AAUCUAUUUCCAAGAUAACCUUCAAGUGAUUUUGUCAAAUUGAUAACAAGUAGUACAGAAUUCUGAAUUUAUCAGAAAAAUACAUUACAAGAUCGUCAUUAGUGUUUAGUUAAACAGUGAACAUGAAUUCCGUAACUAGAGCAUUUAGUUUAAGCAGUCAUAUACCGAAGAAUGCAAGGUUGAUCAGCACAACAAGUGCCCAACUCAACGCUGAUGAUGGAUGGUUUUCAAAGCUGUUGGUGCGAAGGAUAGAGCCUACCAAGGAAUCCCACAGCCGUAUGCUUAGCGACAAGGAGAUAAUUUAUGCGCUUCAUACGCAUAACAUAAGGCCCGACUCUGUAGAUAAAUACUUGAAAAACUACAAAACCUCAGUGGAGUUUGUCCACUCACAGAAAGCUGAACUGGGGUGUGAGCUCGUGGGAUCAUGGACGGUGUCGGUUGGAGAUAUGGACCAGGCCCUGCACCUAUGGCGCUAUGUUGGAGGAUUUGAGAAGAUUGAUAAAGCAAAGAUUCUGUUCAAAGAGAGCCCUGAAUACAGAGCUUUAGAGAAGGAACGCGGCAACUUCGUGCGGUCGCGGCAUCUGCAGUACCUGCUCGCCUUCAGCUUCUGGCCCAACGGCGAGCCGCGGGCGCCCAACAACAUCUACGAGAUACGAUCCUACAGUCUCAAGCCGGGCACCAUGAUCGAGUGGGGCAACAACUGGGCGCGCGGGUUGACGUACCGCCGCUCGCAGAACGAAGCCUUCGCCGGGUACUUCUCGCAGAUCGGACGCCUGUAUAACGUACAUCAUAUUUGGUGCUACAAGGACCUGCAAGCGCGCCGCGAGACGCGUGAAAGCACGUGGCGCAACCCUGGCUGGGACGAGUGCGUGGCCUACACCGUGCCGCUCAUCAGGGAGAUGCACUGCCGCAUCCUGGAGCCCACCGAAUUCUCGCCCACACAGUAAACCAAACUAGUACGGAUGCCAUGUCAUAGUAGGAAGGAACAGUAAAACGUUUAGAUUCAAAUUUUCCAACUCAAUCCAAUCUUAAGCACAAAUCCAAGCCUGUAUUGAAAUCUUGAACUCGGUGUAACCGAAGGCUGAGACGAGUGCGUGGCGCUCAUCAGGGAGAUGCACUGCCGCAUCCUGGAACCUACCGAGUUCUCGCCCACAAAGUAAACACGAACAUAAGGAAGGACAACAUAGUAAAAAGGAACAGUAAAACGUUAAUUUUCCAACUCAAUCCAAUCUUAAGCACAAAUCCAAGCCUGUAAUUGAAUUUCAACAUCUUGAACUCGGUGUAACCAAAGGCUGGGUCGAGUGCGUGGCGCUCGUCAGAGAGAGAUGCACUGCCGCAUCCUGGAGACUACCUAAUUCUCGCCCACACAGUAAACACAAACAUGAGGAAGGACGCCAUAGUAAAAAAGGAACAGUAAAACGCAAAUUAAGCACAAAUUCAAGCCUCUAAUUGGUUGAAUUUCAACAUCUUGAACUCAGGAUUUAUGUUUAAAUCAGUGUAACCAAAGGCUGGGACAGUUUGUGGCCUGGAGCCUACUGAAUUCUCGCCCACACAGUAGACUUAACAAGCACGGAUGUCAUAGUAGAAGGGAACAGUAAUACGUAAGGAUAGUAGACUAUACCUACUUCAACUUGACUUAAACUUAAGCAUUCGAGCCUGUGAUCGGUUGAAUUUCAACAUUAGAACCAGCUUGAACUCGGGACAGUCUUUAUAUCUUUACUAGCGGCCACCCGUGACUUCGUACGCGUGGAGUGUCAUCCUCCGUUUUAUCCCCUUAGGGGGGUACUUUGCUGACCCCUAAUCUAGGCAGUUUAACUCACUCACUUACUGUGCCAUUUCCCACCUUGCUUCGUAUUAGACCUUUUGUGGGCGAUGGAUGGUUCUCCAAAAGAGUGGGCAUUUGAGCAUAUUAUGAAGAUAUUAUCAGUGUGUAGCGUGUAGUGUGUAGUGCGUGACUGCAACAACGACAGUUGACUCUAGUUCCAAUUAUGGGGCAGAUAUUCUCCUCGGUGAUAAAUAAGAUACAAAUAUUUGUAUUAGCAGCUGCCCGCGACUUCGUACGCGUGGACCCGUUUUACCCCCCCUAAAAUCCGUUCUUAUUAUCGGAUGUCGACACCCUACGCACACUAAUUGUUUGAGUGCUAUUUGAAAAGACGUUUUACUGUUCCAUUUUACCAUGGGGAUAUCAAAAGAUAGAAACAUGGGAUGGAAGUGAUGAGAGAUUAAUUUAACAUUUUGGUUUUACUAUACAAUAAUGCACACCAAUAGUUUCACAUUUGUUAGUUUUGCACGUCAUGAUUUCCCGACAAGAAGGGCAAAUUAAUACAAACAAAGGAUAAAUAAUGACUGCCUUUGACACUAAUUUCCGUUGCUGUGUGAUGUGCAUUUAAAACCUAUUUGAAGAUCAAUGUAUUUAAGUAAGGCUUAACUUUUUGAUUCUAGGGUUGUCUUUAAUAAAUGUCUUGCCUUUGCACAUUUAUGUCUAGCGUAAAAUAUCACAUAAAUGUUAUGUGUAAGUUUUCGCAUAUGAAAUCGCGUGGGUAGAUCCUCUGAAGAAAUUAAUUGANUUGAAAAAUUUGUGAGAGGUAAAAAAUUAAUAUGUAUUUAGAAGUCUUGAUAAAUCACAUUUGAUAAUAAAAAUCAAUAAUUGAAUCAAAACAUUGAAAUUUAUGCAAAAUUAUUCAUAAGGCAUGCAUAUUAACGUCGAUGUAUUUUUUUGUAUUUUAUUGUUGACAAUGCUGUUUGAAUACAUAAUGUUAUAUUAGUAUUCAUGCUUUUUCAAGCAAAUCUAAAUAAUGUUGGAGCAAUUAUGUCGGCAUUUCUAGUCGGGGAAUUAAACAGAACUCUCGAUAUCGAUAAUACCUACGAAACGAUAAGAUCGUUGUUUAUUUGAUAAUAUGAUAGCAGCACAAUCUUGAAUGUGUUAAGGUAGCGAAUAAAUUAUGGCUACUUUCUAUGUUUACAUUAUUGAAAUUUAGCAAACUAAAGUGUAUUCUUGAUACUUUAAUAAUAGUUUAUUAUCGUCGUUGUGCGAAAUUGUAUACAGCAUCGCUAUAGGUAUAUUUGCGAUAGAUAACAUAUUGGAUGAUGCAAACUCGCCUACGGAAAAUGUUUAGAACGCGCAACUAAAAACAAAUUGUGCACAAUCUAUUUGUUGUCAUCAUUCUUAUCUUAUUUUCGUAUUGAAGAUGACGUGUCGUAGAAUAUCUACAUAGUCGCGACCAGUGUAUUUAACUCUAUAAUUUUUAUAGCAUUUAUAAAAGUAAUGAAAUCGUUAUUAUUCAUGUAAAAAUAUCUAUAAGAUCAACUUAUACAUUAUA